AUGAAGUCUAUUGGCCUGACCAUUUUCUUGUUAUGCGUCCUGCUGCUCACGGUGCAGUGCACGUUGGCGGAUGAUUUCAGCAAUGCUGGUAGAACGUUUCAACGAGUUAAACGUCAAAAGCGUCCGCCUUCCCCACCAAUAGGAGGACGCCCACCAAUCGGAGGACGGCCACCAAACGGAGGACGGCCACCAAUCGGAGGACGGCCACCAGUUGGAGGAAGACCUCCAUUUGGAUGA